AUGCGACAUCUUUUGCUUUUACUUUUUUUAUGCGGUUUGCCGGGAUCCUGUUGGCCGUCACUAUUAGGAGGAGAGCUCUUCCUCAUUCCUAUACUUUGGCACGGUCCAAACAAUCAAAUUACUGAGAUAAAGGAAACAAUAUCUUUAUCACACCUCUUACCGGGAUCGGUGGCUGUCAUUCCCGACCUAAAAGAGCACCUGUUUAGUGAUGGCGCUAUAAAUAGCAUGUUCAGUAGGGAGCUGUUUAACUAUGAAGCUCUACAACGAGGCAACGUAUCCUAUGUCCACUUGGAUGAGCUACGCAGUGGCUGGAAUGGAACCUUCGACGUCAUCCUCUUUUUCCGGGACGACGGCUUCCCCCUGGUAACAUAGCCAGUAGUCUCCAAACUUCCGUGGCUUCGCCGGUCCUGUGAUGGUGAGCGUGCGCGUCCGCUAACCCCGACUGCAGGUAGAGAAGUUGGUAGGGCGAAUGGGUUUGGCCGCCCCUGGCGAGGAUAAAUGGCUGCGAUCGCCCGUAAGCGUCACAAGGGGUUGCAGGUUUGAUCAAGUCCUGGCGCUACGCGAGCUCUUGAAGCCGUACCGCUAUGUGGGGGUGCUCUGCUACGACGACUUUGCCGCUCACACCCACAAGCUGGCUGGUCCGUUGCUUUCAUCCUGCGGCGCCGAAGAUGCGUGCUGCCAGGCUUACAAGGAACGCAGCGUAACACUACAGCUGUCGCCGCUGCUGUAUGAGCUUGCGGGGGAGUUUAUCCAGCAGGCAGUAGGGUCUGGAGACAGCCGUUUCAUAGCUGGACAUAUUCGGCCCAUGCCGGACGAUUGCGUCACUCUUUGGCAAUCACCCAAGCAGGAGCUGAGCGAACUGGAGCUCGAAAAGUCUUGUCGUACAAAUACUAUGUACCACAGAUUCGUGCCAAAUUUGCGUUCCUUGAAAAAACUAUAUAACAUCAGCACCGUCUUUAUUAUGACACAUCCCAUCAUUCGGCCGCGGGUGUUCCGUAUGCUCGAGGCAGGCGGCAUCCGCCCGCUCUAUAUCGACAUACCCCACCUCAACAACAGCCUCUUUACUGAGUCAGCAGCGGCAACAGGAACAACCGCCAGCGAAUUGUCCGUACGGUCAAGGUUCUCCGGCGUGAGCUCCCCCGGCUCCCCCCGGCUGCGCACCCCCAUGUCCUUCUCGCUGCUGGCGCUGGUGGAGGAGGCGGUGGCGGCCGCUGCCACGGUGUUUCUAGGCACCGGGGAAAGCAGCAUGACGGGCAUGAUUGUGCAGGAGCGACUGUCCCGUGGGUCGUCACCGCACGACGUCUACUUCCUGUCACCGCGUACGAACCAUACCGUCAUGCCGUGCCGGCUCAGCGACUUCUAUGCCCUCAGGGAAUCACGGGCUGCAAGGACGGCAUCGAUGACGGCAGCCUUCCAGAGCGGGGGUUUGUAAGGGGUGCCGGCCCGGAUGGAAUUAACAUGCCGUAAACGAAGGUGCGGUUUUAAUUGACGUGAUAAGCCAUUAACGCGACGGCCUUGGCUGUGAUAGUCCCGUAAUUUUGCCAGUCGCAAAUAUUGAGUCCCUGGUGCUACUGAACUAAACAUAUGCGGGUAUGGGCGCAUUGUUGCAUUUUACAUGUGCUCUUAAAUGUAAGCCGCGGGUCCUCUUGGGCAGCAGCAAGGGCAGCAGGUGCAGUGGAAGGGAUGUUAUGCCCGUACACCUACACUACAGUUGUAUACUUGCGUUGGACAGUUGCUAGGUUGGUUGAGCGUAUCACGAACUUUAGGAUGGCCAGCCCCAUGUGGGGGCCCCUUCCUUUGGUGCGUUAAUGGCCGGGAACGCUGAGUGAUGUGUGCAUGCGCUGCGUAGUUGCGUUGCAUAUUAAUUUAGAGCUACAAUGGUUGGCAUGGUUGAAUGCAUUGUUAUCUAGGUUAGUCAGCAAGAGGUAGAAAUACGAUCAGGAGUACGGUAUCCCACACCAUGCGCAUCGCAUGGCAGUUGCUCGUGACGUCGCCGCCAAAGCGGUGCAUAAUAUCAUGAACUGCAUGGCUUGUUUAUAUGUUGGUUGGUGCGUGGGGGCCACAAUGAGUAUAAAGUAUCUUCACUUAUUGGCUGCGAGUUGGAACGUAUUGUGAUCCGAGGCGGACGGUGGGGGUGCAUGAAGGCAUAAGGCCACACCUGCCAGGAUUGGAUGUUGAGCCGUUUAGGGGGCGUGGUUCAUCCUUGGACUGCAAUAAUUGAUCUACAUGGAGGAAAUGUGCAAUUUUGGCACACUGGCACAAGCCGAAACAAUUAGGGUUUUUGUCCUGCCUCAGGCCUGCCUCCAAUGGUGCAUUCCACGUCCCUAGUGCCCUUCCCCAUAACACAAGCUUGGGAGACGUACCGGUAUCCAUGUAGGUCUGUGUAGCUGUCGAUGUAAAGCGGGGCGCCAGCAA